AUGAUUGCGGGUGCGCUGGGAAGAUCGCAGCGGGAAUCAAUCUACGGAGGUGAAAACAAGGAGAUGCCAAAUUGGGGUUCUGUUAACGUGGAGCACAAGAAUUCGAGGACGAGAAACUUGAUUUCUCCGCCGAGGUAG